GAUGCACCAGAAAAGAAAAGAGAAAGAACUAUCUUCAACCUCACUAGGAAACAGACACGGGUCUGAAGAAAAUGUCGUCCAGCAGCCAUGUAAAGAUUGGAAUUAUUGGUGGUUCUGGCCUUGAUGAUCCAGAUAUCUUGGAGGGAAGGACAGAACGGUAUGUAGUCACACCGUUUGGAAAGCCAUCCGAUGCUCUGGUCUUGGGCAAAAUAAAAAGUGUUGAGUGUGUACUUCUUGCAAGGCAUGGGAGACAACACACCAUCAUGCCCACCAAUGUCAAUUACCAGGCCAAUAUUUGGGCAUUGAAGGAAGAAGGCUGCACCCACCUGUUAGUCACCACAGCCUGUGGCUCCCUUAGAGAGGACAUCCAACCUGGGGACAUUGUUUUGAUUGACCAGUUCAUUGAUAGGACAACAAAUCGUGUUUCAACGUUCUAUGACGGGCAGCCCACCAGUCCCCCAGGUGUGUGUCACAUCCCUAUGGCUGAACCCUUCUGCAGCAGGACUAGAGAGGUGCUGCUGGAGGUUGCUCAAGCACAUGGAGUGAAGUGCCACACUCGAGGGACAGUGGUGACUAUAGAGGGUCCUCGUUUCUCCUCUCGGGCAGAGAGCCUCAUGUUCAGACAGUGGGGUGCUGAUGUCAUUAACAUGACCACAGUACCUGAGGUGGUUCUUGCCAAGGAAGCUGGCCUGUGCUAUGCUAGUAUUGCAAUGGCAACUGAUUAUGACUGCUGGAAAGAGCAUGAAGAGGCGGUGUGUGUGGACAAUGUUCUGAAAACAAUGAAAGAGAAUGCAAAUAAGGCUAGCAGCAUCCUGCUCACAGCAAUUCCACAGAUCUACCAAAUGGACUGGGAGAGCACAAUAAAUGCACAAAAAUUGAUGUCUCAGUCUUCAGUAAUGUUGCCAAAACAUUAAAGCACAUUGCCAUCAAGAUGCGACCUCCAUGACUGCAAGCAUGUAUUCAUAAAGAGUGUGACACUCAACAGCCACGGCCUAUAAAUGUCUUGAAGGCUGUGGGGUCGAUUUGCCAACAACAAUGAUGUGGGAAAACAGUUAUGAAAAUUAUUUUUUCCCCUGAAAUGGAGUGACUCUGUAGGGUUUGUAUAAAAAUGUAACACCAAUUAGACAUAUGCACAUCUGGGAGCAAUUCUGGAUGUAUAGAACCUUUUGAUAUCACAUUUUUAUUUUUCAGUUGGUUUAUGUUGUCCAUUAAAUGCACGGGGGGGACUGUAUAUUUUUAUUUGGUUUUGGCUGACAGAUUAAAUGUUCCUCCAAUUGUUUGUUCAGGUAGGCCAAUGUGCGUCAUGAUGUGCAUGAGUUAUGUGAUGUAACUGUUCAUGUUUUUCAGUGAUUAGACCAAUUAUUCAUGUUGCAUGCCACUGUCCACUUAAAGUGUAGAUAAUACAUCACAGAAUAAAACAUUUUACACAAUG